GAAGUUUGUUCGACCAGAAGCUUAACCACCCAGCUUUCAAUCUUCUAUUGCUCAAGCAAUCUUGGGUAUCCUUCUUUUUACCAUCACCCUUUCCGGUCGCCCAAUUCGCACCUAUCUAAUAAAAAAUCAUCAAUCUCCCUAGCGACAACCUCCGAGAGCAUCUCCAACAUGGAGAGCUUUGACAACAUCUACCUCGACCUCUCGAAGCAACCGGGAAAGUGCAAGCUUGCGGAAAGUGGUUUAGGAUGGAAGCCUUCCGGUGGAGGUGAUACUUUUACCCUGGACAGCAGCGAAAUCGGCGCCGCCCAGUGGACCAGAGCCGCGAAGGGGUUUGAACUGAAAAUUCUAUCGCGCACCUCGGGUGUGAUCCAGCUCGAUGGUUUCGAUCAGGAGGACCUGGAACGGUUGAGCAAAACUUUCAAGAACUGGUACGGUAUCAAUGUGGAAACCAGGGAACGAGCGCUCCGAGGCUGGAACUGGGGCAAGGCAGAGUUCACCAAGGCCGAGCUGGCGUUCAACGUGCAGAACCGCCCUGCCUUCGAAAUCCCGUACUCCGAAAUCUCGAACACGAACCUUGCCGGGAAAAACGAGGUCGCGGUGGAAUUCGCCUUGAAUGCCGAUGGCGACGAGGCCAGCAAGCAGCCUGCUGGUAGCACAAAGAACCGUGGACAGAAGGCUGCGGCUGGGCCCGAUGAGCUGGUCGAGAUGCGAUUCUACAUCCCCGGAACUGCAGUCAAGACAGACAAGAGCGUUAAAAAGGAGGAGGGCGCAGAAGAGGACGGAGAAGGAGAAGGGGAAGGAGAAGGAGAAGAGGACGAAGUGGAAGAGCAAAACGCGGCCAACCUCUUCUACGAGACUCUUAUGGAUAAGGCGGAGAUUGGUGAUGUGGCGGGCGAUACCUUUGCUACCUUUUUGGAUGUUCUGCAUCUCACGCCCAGAGGACGAUUCGAUAUCGACAUGUACGAGGCCUCCUUCCGGUUACGGGGUAAGACCUACGACUAUAAAAUCCAAUACGCCUCCAUCAAGAAGUUCUUCCUGCUUCCGAAGAAUGACGACACUCACACUCUUAUCGUCUUGGGUCUUGACCCGCCGCUGCGACAAGGCCAGACCCGGUAUCCGUUCCUGGUUAUGCAAUUGAAACUGGACGAUGAGAUCAGCCUGGAGCUGAACAUGACUGAUGAUUUGCUGGAGAGCCGCUACAAGGACAAGUUGGAGUCUCGCUACGAGGAGCCCAUCCACCAGGUUGUCACCAAGGUCUUCCGUGGCCUGUCAGGGAAGAAGGUUAUCAUGCCAUCCAAGGACUUUGUCAGCCACCACGGACACAGCGGAGUCAAAUGCUCGAUCAAGGCCAACGAAGGUCUGCUGUACUUCCUGGACAAGAGUUUGAUCUUCGUUCCCAAGCCGGCGACGUACAUUCAACUCGAGAACAUUGCCGUCAUCACCAUGUCGCGAGUCGGCGGUGCCGUGUCAGCCAGCCGAACAUUCGACAUUACAGUCAGCUUGAAGGCCGGCAUGGGAGAACACCAAUUCAGCAACAUCAACCGCGAGGAACAACAACCCCUCGAGGAGUUCUUCAAGGCAAAGAGCAUUCGCUUCAAGAACGAAAUGUCGGAAGACGCUACAUCGCUCAUCGCAGCCGCCCUCGACAACGACGCCAUGGGAUCAAGCGAUGACGAAGGCGUCCGCGCCGACCGCGGCUCAGCCGACGAGGAUGAAGAAUCCAUCGACGAAGACUUCCAGGCCGACUCGGACUCCGACGUCGCGGAAGAAUACGAUUCUGCGCACGAAAGCAGCGGAAGCGAUGCCGAAAUGGAGGAUGCCUCGGGUGGAGGCGACGACGAUGUAGAUAUGUCUGAGGCGGAGUCGCGACCGAAGAAGAAGACCAAGUCUGGAUAAUGUUGAUAGAUAGGUUUCAAAUCUGCAUGACAGUAUGGUUCUAUCAACGAUCGGGGCGUGGAUUGGUAUGCGGUCUCUGAUAAGAAAGGAACAUGUAUUAUAAUGUCAUUUCAUUUCCUGGUUCCUGAGUGUAG